AGUGACGUGCUCGGGGCGCAGUACCUGGUGCUGCCCACUGAGGCGGAGCAGAUCGUGGAACGACUGCAAGAGCAAACGCCCGAGCAGAUUGGACGGUCUACCCAAUGGCUCGAGCACCACCAUGCAAUGGAGAAGCUGAACCUGCAGGCGCACCAGUCGGCGCAACGCAAGCAAGACAACUUCGUGGUGGAGAGUUUGCUGACCUUCGACAAGUUCCCGACUGUCAUCAGCAAUUUGCUGUCUCUGGAGCUGUGGAAGGCGAACGUGCUGCCGUUGCUGCGCUGUCAAGACAAGGACGCUGCGUCCUUGCGACUCUAUUUCGUGGUAUAUCACGAGGCCACGUUAACCAACUUGCUCGAGGUCGCGUUCUUCCAUGAGCAUGUAGUGGAGAGCCUCUCAGACGACCUACUGCUGGAACUUGUCGACUACUGCAUGCGGAAGCUUUCGUGGCUGGUUGGUCUCCCGCGCGAGCGCAUUACCGAAGGUACGAUCUUCCAUAAGACUGGGUCGGAAUUGGUGCAAAUGGUGCAAGCCCAAAGCCCCCGCGAAGAGCUUGAGCGCCAACGGAUGGAGAUCGAGUUCCGCGUUGCGGUGCAGACUGUCACCAUCUUGCGCUACGUGGCCGAGAGACUUCAAGCACUCCCACUGAGUGUUGUGUCGCGUCUUCUGGACAAGCACGACGCCUUGCUCACGCUCGUGGCACUUGUUGAAAACCCGCCAUGGACGCAUAAGGCUGUCGUCAAGCUACCAGCGAAGAAAGACGACGCUAGUGAUCUGAGCCCGAGGGCUGAAGUCAAGUGGAAGAAGUUCGUGGACCAGAAGUGGAUCACAGUGGAGCCUAGUGACCUCCUCGCUCUCACGACGACCGAGGCACAAGUCUGGCUGGCUAUUUACUAUCUGCUAUGCACCAAGUCAGCGCGUGAGCACUAUGAGGUGACCCAGUAUCGGAAGGACCAGCUACUACGCAUCCGCAAGUACCUGAAUGAGCUGCUGGUGGACCAACUCCCUCUACUAGCUGACGUUCAGAGGUACUUGGAUGAGCUGGCCAUCGUACAGGUGGGAAGCACGUCUGUAUUGGGGAAGAAUGGUCUGGUGAUGGAGGCUGUGCCCUAUCUGCGUGAUCGCAUUGUGCGGACUUUCCGUCCAAAGUACCAAGAACUCGCUCAGGAGUUUGACGAACUCAGUGUAAGCUUCAGUCGUGGGGAAGAUCUCAAGGCACUGGCGGAGCUGUACCAAAUGGAUGGGAUUGAAGAGCUUCUCGAAGGCGGAAGCGGAGCAGGCAAUAACAACGCAGAAAGCGGUGAUGAAGAGGAAGAAGAAGCAAAUGGUAACGAGAACAACUUGGCACAGCUCACGCCGACGCGCGUCAGGCUCAAAUUCUUAAACUUUCCGCUUCAGCAGCGCAUGGGUUCGACCAAGAAGCCACUGAUUGUGGAGCUGGAUGACGAUGAGGAGCCAAUACAGAGCAACCAAGCUGACCUCGUGGAAGUCGAGUAUGAGGUGGAUCUGAAGAGCCAAAAGACGAUGGAGGGCAAAGCGCUGCAGUAUCACCGCUUCCGUCUGCACAAGAGUAAGAAAGCAACAGACGUGGGGUUGAUUCAGAGCCACGCCUCGGUGAGCGCGCAGGUUUGGUUUUCAGGAGUGGAAACUUCUCGUGAACAUGACCUGAAGUUGUCCUGCGACGAUCUUCAACUCCCUGAAAUCGAGAAAGCUGAUGCUGGUCGAUCGAGGUUGUGGAAGCAGAUCGGAUCACUCGAAGAAGCGAGCCUCGUUGUUGUGCAGUGCCAAUUCAUCGAGGAUGCAGACCAAACUGUAGAUGAGUGUAUUUCCUACGGAUACCGCCUCGGCGCACUCUACCUAGCAGUCCCAUUCUAA